AUGCUUCUCUUCGCGACUUUAAAACGUACCCAACUCUUUGUUUUGAGUCAUCUUUAUUAUUAUAGUUUCCUCGAACAAUUCAUGGCAAUGGCGAUCGAACUGUGCUCUGAGAAUUCUGGUUUGGUUAUGAGUCCUCGUAUUUCAUUCUCUCAUGAUCUCUCCCAAUCAGACGUAGUCCCAGUUGAAUACCUGACUCGAUCAAGUUCAUCGUCGAGUAUCGAUUUCGAUUUCUGUGUUUUCCGUGAGAGUUUCGAUCAAGAAUCUUCAUCCGCCGAUGAGCUUUUCUCCGAUGGAAUGAUUCUUCCUUUUGAAAUUAAGAAAAAGAUUUCUCCACAAAACCACGCAACAAAAUCUCCACCUCCACCAUCGCUGCCGCACCCAUCGCCACCAUUGCCGCACCCAUCACCACCAUCGCCACGACAAGGAACCCAUGAUCGUCUUGAUAUUGGCACUAACACGAAUGAAACGAAAAUGGCAAGUUCUGAAUCAGAAGAAAAGCAAAACUCCAAAUCAUUUUGGCGGUUCAAGCGGAGCAGUAGUUUGAAUUGUGGCAGUGGCUAUGGAGGGGGCUUAUGUCCUCUACCACUUUUAUCGAGGAGCAAUUCAACAGGUUCAGCACAAAGUGUUAAGCGAUCAUCAUUCUCAAAGGAGAGUGCUAAUCACAAGCAGCAUUCCCAGAAGAUUCCAUGGGCUGCUUCAGUGAAACAAUCACAGUCUUCUUCCUCAACUGGCUACCAAAAGCCUCCACUGAAGAAGGGUUAUGGAUCUUAUGGCCAUGGUGUGAGAAUUAAUCCGGUUUUGAAUGUUCCUACUGCAAAUCUCUUUGGUUUAGGUUCUAUUUUCUCUCCACUGGCAAGGAAAAGAGUAAGAAAAAGUGAUCAUUAA